GGGUACUUAUGUAUGGCAGAACGGGCCAACCUGGUCUUUCAUAAUAAAGAGAUAGACGGAACUGCUAUGAAACGGCUUAUUAGCAGAUUAAUAGAUCAUUUCGGAAUGGGAUAUACAUCCCAUAUACUGGAUCAAAUAAAGACUCUGGGCUUCCAUCAAGCCACUACUACAUCGAUUUCUUUAGGAAUCGAGGAUCUUUUAACAAUACCCUCUAAAGGAUGGUUAGUCCAAGACGCGGAACAACAGAGUUUUCUUUUGGAGAAACACUAUUAUUAUGGAGCUAUACACGCGGUAGAAAAAUUACGCCAAUCCGUUGAGAUAUGGUAUGCUACAAGUGAAUAUUUGAAACAAGAAAUGAAUUCGAAUUUUCGAAUAACGGAUCCUUCUAAUCCAGUCUAUCUAAUGUCUUUUUCAGGAGCCAGAGGAAAUGCAUCUCAGGUACACCAAUUAGUAGGUAUGAGAGGGUUAAUGGCGGAUCCUCAAGGACAAAUGAUUGAUUUACCUAUUCAAAGCAAUUUACGCGAGGGACUUUCUUUGACAGAAUAUAUAAUUUCCUGCUACGGAGCCCGAAAAGGGGUUGUAGAUACUGCUGUACGAACAGCGGAUGCUGGCUAUCUUACACGUAGACUUGUUGAAGUAGUUCAACAUAUUAUUGUGCGUAGAAGAGAUUGUGGUACUAUCCAAGGUAUUUCUGUGAGUCCUCAAAAUGGGAUGACGGAAAAACUUUUUGUCCAAACACUAAUUGGUCGUGUAUUAGCAGACGAUAUAUAUAUUGGUUCACGAUGCAUUGCUUCUCGAAAUCAAGAUAUUGGAAUUGGAUUAGUCAAUCGAUUCAUAACUGCCUUUCGAGCACAACCGUUUCGAGCACAACCAAUAUAUAUUAGAACCCCCUUUACUUGCCGGAGCACAUCUUGGAUCUGUCAAUUAUGUUAUGGGCGGAGUCCCACUCAUGGGGAUCUGGUCGAAUUGGGGGAAGCUGUAGGUAUUAUUGCGGGUCAAUCAAUUGGGGAGCCGGGGACUCAAUUAACAUUAAGAACUUUUCAUACUGGUGGAGUAUUCACAGGGGGUACUGCCGACCUUAUACGAUCCCCCUCGAAUGGAAAAAUCCAAUUCAAUGAGGAUUUGGUUCACCCCACACGUACCCGUCAUGGGCAGCCUGCUUUUCUAUGCUAUAUAGACUUGCAUGUAACUAUUCAGAGUCAGGAUAUUCUACAUAGUGUGAAUAUUCCGUUAAAAAGCUUGAUUCUAGUGCAAAAUGAUCAAUAUGUAGAAUCUGAACAAGUAAUUGCGGAGAUUCGUGCCGGAACGUCCACUUUGCAUUUUAAAGAAAAGGUACAAAAGCAUAUUUAUUCCGAAUCAGACGGGGAAAUGCACUGGAGUACUGAUGUUUACCAUGCGCCCGAAUAUCAAUAUGGUAAUCUUCGUCGAUUACCAAAAACAAGCCAUUUAUGGAUAUUGUCAGUAAGUAUGUGCAGAUCCAGUAUAGCAUCUUUUUCGCUGCACAAGGAUCAAGAUCAAAUGAAUACUUAUUCUUUUUCUGUUGAUGGAAGAUAUAUCUUUGACUUCUCAAUGGCUAAUGAUCAAGUAAGCCAUAGACUGUUGGAUACUUUUGGUAAAAAAGAUAGAGAAAUUCUUGAUUAUUUAACGCCAGAUCGAAUCGUGUUCAACGGUCAUUGGAAUUGUUUCUAUCCUUCCAUUCUUCAAGAUAAUUCAGAUUUGUUGGCGAAAAAGCGAAGAAAUAGGCUCGUCGUUCCAUUACAAUAUCAUCAAGAACAAGAAAAAGAGCGAAUAUCCUGUUUGGGUAUUUCAAUGGAAAUACCCUUUAUGGGUGUUUUACGUAGAAAUACUAUUUUUGCUUAUUUUGACGAUCCACGAUACAGAAAAGAUAAAAGGGGUUCAGGAAUUGUUAAAUUUAGAUAUAGGACCCUGGAGGAAGAAUAUCGGACCCAAGAGGAAGAGUAUAGGACUCGAGAGGAAGAAUAUCGGACUCGAGAGGAAGACUCAGAAGACGAAUAUGAGAGCCCAGAGAACAAAUAUAGGACCCGAGAGGGAGAGGGCGAAUAUAAAAUCCUAGAAGACGAAUAUAGGACUCUAGAGGACGAAUAUGAAACCCUAGAAGAUGAAUAUGGGAUCCUAGAGGACGAAUAUAGGACUCUAGAGAAAGACUCAGAGGAAGAAUAUGGGAGCCUAGAGAACAAAUAUAGGACUCGAGAGGGAGAGGGCGAAUAUGAAAUCCUAGAGGAAGAAUCAGAAGAAGAAUAUGGGAGCUCUGAAGAUGGCUCAGAGAAGGAAUAUGGGACUUUAGAAGAAGACUCAGAAGAAGACUCAGAGGAAGACUCAGAAGACGAAUAUGGGAGCCCGGAGGAAGAUUCUAUCUUAAAAAAAGAGGGUUUUAUUGAGCAUCGAGGAACAAAAGAAUUUAGUCUAAAAUACCAAAAAGAAGUAGAUCGGUUUUUUUUCAUUCUUCAAGAACUGCAUAUCUUGCCGAGAUCCUCAUCCCUAAAGGUACUUGACAAUAGUAUUAUUGGAGUCGAUACACAACUCACAAAAAAUACAAGAAGUCGACUAGGUGGAUUGGUCCGAGUGAAGAGAAAAAAAAGCCAUACAGAACUCAAAAUCUUUUCCGGAGAUAUUCAUUUUCCUGAAGAGGCGGAUAAGAUAUUAGGUGGCAGUUUGAUACCACCAGAAAGAGAAAAAAAAGAUUCUAAGGAAUCAAAAAAAAGGAAAAAUUGGGUUUAUGUUCAACGGAAAAAAUUUCUCAAAAGCAAGGAAAAGUAUUUUGUUUCGGUUCGACCUGCAGUCGCAUAUGAAAUGGACGAAGGGAUAAAUUUAGCAACACUUUUCCCGCAGGAUCUCCUGCAAGAAGAGGAUAAUCUCCAACUUCGACUUGUCAAUUUUAUUUCUCAUGAAAAUAGCAAGUUAACUCAAAGAAUUUAUCACACGAAUAGUCAAUUCGUUCGAACUUGCUUAGUAGUGAAUUGGGAACAAGAAGAAAAAGAGGGAGCUCGUGCUUCUCUUGUUGAGGUAAAAACAAAUGAUCUAAUUCGCGAUUUCCUAAGAAUUGAGUUAGUCAAGUCUACUAUUUUGUAUACACGAAGAAGGUAUGAUAGGACAAGUGUAGGAUUGAUUCCCAAUAAUAGGUUAGAUCGCAACAAUACCAAUUCCUUUUAUUCCAAGGCGAAGAUUCAAUCACUUAGCCAACAUCAAGAAGUUAUUGGCACCUUGUUGAAUCGAAAUAAAGAAUAUCCAUCUUUGAUGAUUUUGUUGGCAUCCAACUGUUCUCGAAUUGGUUUAUUCAAGAAUUCUAAAUAUCCCAAUGCGGUAAAAGAAUCGAAUCCUAGAAUUCCUAUUCGAGAUAUUUUUGGGCUCUUAGGCGUUAUUGUACCUAGUAUAUCGAAUUUUUCUUCAUCUUACUAUUUAUUAACGCAUAAUCAGAUCUUGUUAAAAAAAUACUUGUUCCUUGACAAUUUGAAACAAACCUUACAAGUACUUCAAGGACUUAAAUACUCUUUAAUAGACGAAAAUAAAAGGAUUUCGAAUUUUGACAGUAACAUCAUGUUGGAGCCAUUCCAUUUGAAUUGGCACUUUCUCCAUCAUGACUCAUGGGAAGAGACAUUGGCAAUAAUUCACCUUGGACAAUUUAUUUGUGAAAAUUUAUGUCUAUUUAAAUUACACAUAAAAAAAUCUGGUCAAAUUUUCAUUGUUAAUAUGGACUCCUUUGUUCUAAGAGCAGCUAAGCCUUAUUUGGCCACUAUAGGAGCAACUGUUCAUGGUCAUUAUGGAAAAAUCCUUUACAAAGGAGAUAGGUUAGUUACGUUUAUAUAUGAAAAAUCGAGAUCCAGUGAUAUAACGCAAGGUCUUCCAAAAGUAGAACAAAUCUUCGAAGCGCGUUCAAUUGAUUCACUAUCGCCGAAUCUCGAAAGGAGAAUUGAGGAUUGGAAUGAACGUAUACCAAGAAUUCUUGGGGUUCCCUGGGGAUUCUUGAUUGGAGCUGAGCUAACCAUAGCCCAAAGUCGUAUCUCUUUGGUUAAUAAGAUCCAAAAGGUUUAUCGAUCCCAAGGGGUACAGAUCCAUAAUAGACAUAUAGAGAUUAUUAUACGCCAAGUAACAUCAAAAGUAAGGGUUUCCGAAGAUGGAAUGUCUAAUGUUUUUUUACCUGGGGAAUUAAUAGGACUAUUGCGAGCGGAACGAGCAGGGCGGGCUUUAGAUGAAUCGAUCUAUUAUCGGGCAAUCUUAUUGGGAAUAACAAGGGCUUCCCUGAAUACCCAAAGUUUCAUAUCUGAAGCAAGUUUUCAAGAAACUGCUCGAGUUUUAGCAAAAGCUGCCCUACGAGGUCGUAUUGAUUGGUUGAAAGGUCUGAAAGAAAACGUAGUUCUGGGGGGGAUUAUACCUGUUGGUACCGGAUUCCAAAAAUUUGUGCAUCGUUCCCCACAAGACAAGAACCUUUAUUUAGAAAUUCAAAAAAAAAAUCUAUUCGCGUCGGAAAUGAGAGAUAUUUUGUUUCUCCAUACAGAAUUAGUUUCUUCUGAUUCUGACGUAACAAACAAUUUCUAUGAAACAUCAGAGACCCCGUUUACCCCUAUUUAUACGAUUUAAGUAUACAUAAAGCAAUUUUUUUUACUUUAAUUUAAACUAUACUUUUGACCUUAGAAUGCUAACAGGUCUGAUUUUCGAUUUUGUACUUAAAUUUAAAUUGUAUUUUAAUAAGUAAAAGAAGUCAGUUAAUUCAUUAAGGCUAUGUUUAUACCGUGUAUCAAUGGUCAAGAAGGUUCCAUUGGAACAAUUAUUAUUUAUUUCAAGCUAUUUCGGCUCUUUCUUAAUCUUCAAAAAGAAAUGAAUUCCGUAAUGGUAACACGAAAAAAGAAAAAAAAAGGAAGUGUGGAAAAAAUGACAAGAAGAUAUUGGAACAUCAAUUUGAAAGAGAUGAUAGAAGCGGGAGUUCAUUUUGGUCAUGGUAUUAAGAAAUGGAAUCCCAAAAUGGCCCCUUACAUCUCGGCAAAGCGUAAAGGUACUCAUAUUACAAAUCUUGCUAGAACAGCUCGUUUUUUAUCAGAAGCUUGUGAUUUAGUUUUUGAUGCAGCAAGUCAGGGAAAAAGCUUCUUAAUUGUUGGUACCAAAAAAAGAGCAGCGGAUUUAGUAGCAUCAGCUGCAAUAAGGUCUCGUUGUCAUUAUGUUAAUAAAAAGUGGUUCAGCGGUAUGUUAACGAAUUGGUCGAUUACCAAAACUAGACUUUCUCAAUUUAGAGACUUAAGAGCAGAAGAAAAAAUGGGAAAAUUCCACCAUCUCCCAAAAAGAGAUGCGGCAAUCUUAAAGAGAAAAUUAUCUACCUUGCAAAGAUAUCUCGGCGGGAUCAAAUAUAUGACGAGGUUGCCUGACAUUGUGAUCGUCCUUGAUCAGCAAAAAGAGUAUAUAGCUCUUCAGGAAUGUGCCAUUUUGGGGAUUCCUACUAUUUCUUUAGUCGAUACAAAUUGUGACCCAGAUCUUGCGAAUAUAUCGAUUCCUGCCAACGAUGACACUAUGACUUCAAUUCGAUUAAUUCUUAACAAAUUAGUAUUUGCAAUUUCUGAGGGCCGUUCUCUCUAUAUAAGAAAUCGUUGAUUAAGAAGAAUAGUGAAUUCUUGAGCAACUGCGUAGAUUUAUAGGAUUAAUUACUAUUCUUUUUUGUUUUGCAUAGAUAAAAGAAGGGAAAUAUUGAUAUAUAUUAGAGGGUAUUGAUAUAUAUUAUGAUCUGAUGUGAUUUCUUGGUAUAUUAAAUAUAAGAUUAAUACUUCAAGUUGCUGAGUUGAGAAAGAGAUGCUUGAAUCAAAAGAAUUCCUUUUUUGAAGUUCAAUUUUUAUCAGAGGACAAUAUGAAUAUUACACCAUGUUCCAUUAAAACACUCAAGGGGUUAUAUGAUAUAUCGGGUGUAGAAGUAGGGCAACACUUCUAUUGGCAAAUAGGAGGUUUCCAAAUUCAUGCCCAAGUACUCAUCACUUCUUGGGUCGUAAUUACUAUUUUGCUAGGUUCAGUUAUCAUAGCUGUUCGGAAUCCACAAACCAUCCCGACCGAUGGUCAGAAUUUCUUCGAAUAUGUCCUUGAGUUUAUUCGAGACUUGAGCAAAACUCAGAUUGGAGAAGAAUAUGGUCCCUGGGUUCCCUUUAUUGGAACUAUGUUCCUUUUUAUUUUUGUUUCGAAUUGGUCAGGUGCUCUUUUACCUUGGAAAAUUAUAGAGUUACCCCAUGGGGAAUUAGCAGCGCCCACGAAUGAUAUAAAUACUACUGUUGCUUUAGCUUUACUAACAUCAGCGGCAUAUUUUUAUGCGGGUCUUAGCAAAAAAGGAUUGAGUUAUUUCGAAAAAUAUAUUAAACCAACCCCAAUCCUUUUACCUAUUAACAUCCUAGAAGAUUUCACAAAACCAUUAUCACUUAGUUUUCGACUUUUCGGAAAUAUAUUGGCGGAUGAAUUAGUCGUUGUUGUUCUUGUUUCUUUAGUCCCCUUAGUAGUCCCUAUACCGGUCAUGUUUCUUGGAUUAUUUACAAGCGGUAUUCAAGCUCUUAUUUUUGCAACGUUAGCCGCAGCCUAUAUAGGUGAAUCCAUGGAAGGUCAUCAUUGAAUUAACUAGUUUUUGAAAUAGUCUUUCUUUUUUUAGCUUAGCCCAAUUCAUGCAUGAUUCCGGAUAAUCCUCUUAGUUGGAAAACUAAAUAGUUCGAAAGGCGUAUGAAUAUACAACCUAGAGUUGUAGGAGAGAGAAUAGACUAUAUUAUGGAAGAGGUAAAGUAUAUAUGCAUUCAGGGGGGCCAAGUCAGGUUAGAUCUAUAUCUUUAAUGCCUAUAAGACAGUCAUCUUUUGUGUGGCUUUCUAAAGAAUGAUUUUAGAAUCGGAUUCAAUAGAAAAUGAGAAAAUAGGCAAACAAAAUAGAAGAAACAAAUGUAUAUGGGAUUUUUUUUAUUCCUAAGUUAGAUUCAUUAUCUAAUCCGAUAUAUAGAAUUCCCUUCUAUAUGGAACUGGAUUCCAUAUCUAGUUCUAUGCAGCAUAUUGUUAUCAAUUGUAUAUCUUGAUUUGAUUCCUAUUGGAUUUGGAUUAGUUCGAUUUCAAUAGGGGUUCUUCCUGUAUUUCGUCUUUUAUUAUGUUAGAUGAAGGGGAAAAAAUGGGAACUCAAAGAUAUCGAAGAGUAAAAAAAAGGAUGGAAUAAAAGAGUGAUUGGUUGAAAAGAAAGAGAAAUAGAAUAAUGAGAAUCAUAUGGAUUUACACAAACCUCUAAUGAUUAGAAACUAAAAACGAGAUCUCGAAGUAAUUCGAACGAUUUCGAUUAUCAUUUAUUUGUACUUAUUAGUUACUUCUACCCGAUAGAGCUUAGAAGUUGGAAGUAAUAAUUUCUUGGUUGAUUGUAUCCUUAACCAUUUCUUUUUUUUUGACACGAGGAACUCAUCAUGAAUCCACUAAUUGCUGCUGCUUCCGUUAUUGCUGCUGGAUUGGCCGUAGGGCUUGCUUCUAUUGGGCCCGGAGUUGGUCAAGGUACUGCUGCAGGACAAGCUGUAGAAGGUAUUGCGAGACAGCCAGAAGCAGAAGGUAAAAUAAGAGGUACUUUAUUGCUUAGUCUAGCUUUUAUGGAAGCUUUAACAAUUUAUGGACUG